GAGCAGCUCGGUGUUCUCCGGGGGUGCUUGGCCGAGCACGCAGGUCAGCUCUGCUUCUCUGUGACCUACCGCACGGAAGUGGCGGCUUUGGCCGGGGCGCUGCAGGUGCUUGGCGAAGCUGAGCUUUCCAAGAAGCGCAAGGCACUCAGUGCCGUAGAAGAGGAGGAGGCGAGCAAGAAGAAGGUGAAGAAGGUCGAAGUUGCGGCCGCGCAGGAUGACUUGUCACAGGUCACCACGAAGAGGGACGUGCAGCCAGAUGUGGAGGUCAUUGGCGUUCGCAGCUUCCAGAUUCCUCAGCUACAACUGGAAGUGCGGCGAGCGCUUCCCAGGGAAUGGGUGCACUUCCGGGACCACCACUACAAG